AUGACAUCCAAUCGUGUCGACGACAUCCUUGCAUGCCUUACUGUAGAAGAGAAGGUCUCACUUUUAGCCGGUGGAACAGCGUGGACCACCAAACGGAUUCCUGAGAAGGGAGUUCCGAGCGUCAAGCUUUCGGAUGGGCCAAAUGGAGCUCGCGGGGUGAACAUUGAGGAUGGAGCCACGUCGGCGUGCUUCCCUGCUGCCUGCAGUGUUGCUUCAACGUUUGACGUCGAAAUAUCACGAAGAAUUGGGUCAGCCCUAGGCGAGGAAUCGCUGACGAAGGGCGCCCGGUGCUUACUAGGCCCGACUGUGUGUAUUCAUCGGCAUCCACUCGGAGGGCGCAAUUUUGAGAGCUUCUCGGAGGACCCGUUCUUGACCGGCAAGAUGGCGUCGGCAUACAUAUCUGGCCUGCAGUCAGAGGGCGUCUCCGCCACAAUUAAGCACUUUGCUGUGAACGAGCAAGAGACAAGGCGCCUGACGGUUGAUGCAAAAGUCAGCGGACGGGCCCUGCGCGAAAUCUACCUCAAGCCCUUUGAAAUUGCCAUCAAAGAGGCCAAUCCAUGGGCUCUCAUGACAGCUUAUAACAAGAUCAACGGGGAUCAUGCGGACUCAAACGAGUUCCUAUUGCAGACCGUCUUACGGCGUGAAUGGGGAUGGAACGGUCUAGUGAUGAGCGACUGGGGAGGUACAAACUCCACGGCCGAAUCACUCAACGCAGGUGUGGAUUUGGAGAUGCCCGGUCCCAGUCGAUGGCGCAAGUUGGAGGACGUCAUGGCUGCCCUGGAAGCCGGAAAACUCAAAAAGGAUACCAUCAACGAUAGGUCUCGCCAGGUGUUGCGUUUUGUUGAGCAGCUACAAGGCUUCGAAAACCCGACUUGGGAAGAGCCAGAGGAACACUCUAUCGACAAGCCGGAGCAUCGAAGUUUGAUCCGAGAGGCAGGAAGCAAGGGAAUCGUGCUGCUGAAGAACCAAGACAACAUCCUUCCACUGACGAAAGAAAAGGAUUGUCUCGCGCACGGGGGUGGUAGCGCAUCCGUGAACCCCCAUUACCGAGUCACACCCUGGGAUGCUCUUAAAGAGGCUUUUAAGGACGACGGUGUCGCGUUCGCAUUUUCAAAAGGUGCUCAUACGGCGCGUCAAUUUCCACUCAUCUCAGAACGUGUCAAAGAUCUCCAGGGGAAUCCAGGAUUCACCUUCAGCGUCUUUGAAAAAGGUCGCUCGAUACCGGAGAAAGUCACUCACGGCCAUACGGAUUCGGAAGUUUCUCUCUUAAGAGGCCAAAACAUUGAGCACAGAGACAUAACUCUUGAGGGAACUUACCAUCCCGAGGUGACAUCAAGAUACUACUUCAAAUUAUCCGGACUCGGGCCCUCACAGCUCCUCGUGAACGAUGUAACAAUUUUCGAACAGAAGGAAAACUGCUCAGAUGCCAUGGGCUUCCUAUUUGGCGGCGUUCCGAUUCCGACUAUUGAGUUGGAAAUGGAAAAGGACAGAGAGUAUCAGAUUAAAAUCAUCAGCAAGUCUCCUGCUGUAGCCGAGGACCAAAACCUGGGCUUCCUUGCCGCUCAUGUUGGUGUCCGCUUGGGACACAUAUCUGCACUAGAGCAUGACCGCGAUAUCUUGACAGAGGCGGUUGAGUUGGCCAAGACAGUCGACUACGCCAUUGUUUUUACCGGCCACGAUCCUACCUGGGAAACCGAGGGCCAGGACCAAGCCGGAUUCAAUCUUCCUAGAGAUGGUAGCCAAGACAAGUUGGUCAGCGCGGUUGCCGCAGUCAAUCCGAACACGAUCGUCGUCAACAGUACAGGUGUCGCUGUAGCACUUCCCUGGCUUGAUCAGGUGCAAGGGCUGCUACAGGCGUGGUUCCCUGGCCAGGAAGCUGGCCAUUCGAUCGCCGACGUUCUCACGGGCGCACUCAGUCCCGAAGGCCAUCUGACCUGCUCGUUUCCUAAGAGACUCCAAGACUGCCCAGCCUAUGGUAACUUCCCAGGUGGUUUCAACAACUAUGGCGCUCCUCAGGUGGAAUACAGGGAAGGCGUCUUCGUUGGCUAUAGACAUUUCGACCGAGUGCCAGCGGACCAACUCAACUUUCCCUUUGGCUUCGGACUUUCUUACACAACAUUCGGUAUAGAAAAUCUCUCAGUCCACGAAACCUCUGGCGGUACAUAUCAAGUCAAGGCAACGGUCUGUAAUUCUGGGGACCGCAAGGGAGCCAUAGCGGUGCAAGUGUACGUGGGUAGAAAGGUGGCUUCUUCUGAACACCCAGUCAAGAUCUUGGCAGCUUUCGAGAAAGUCGCUUUAGAGCCUGGGGCAUCCCGGGACGUGAAACUGGUGGUCAGGAAGCGGGAUUUUGCUUUCUGGGAUGAGCGUGCAAACAACUGGGCUGUUGAGACAGGGACGUAUAUAUUCAGCGUGGGCAAGUCCGCAGGAGAGCUAGUUGCAACUCAAGAGGUUCAAGUUGAGUCGGAAUCAUAUACGGCCUAG